GUUGGUCCACUCACCAUCAGUCACCAUAGCAACCGCUACACAAACCAGGCCUACGGCGUACGUUUAACAGGUCAAACGUCAAAAGUACCUUUAGUUAUCAGGUCGCAAUAGUUGGCAUAUUAUAGCCAAAAUGGCUCUUGUGAGAACUUAUCGCACCAAAGUGAAAAUCGGAAACUGGAACGAGGACCUGUGUUUGCAAGAGGAUGCAAAGAAAGAAUAUCUGGAGAAAAAAGAGAGGGGUGAGCUUGCUGCCCAGAGAGUAGACUUCCUCAAAGAGAACAUUUUCAGACCGGUAAAGCUCACUGUGACAAGUGAUGGAAAACUGCACUUUGGGGAUGUUGUGAUGUUGUUGAACAUGGGGGGAGAAAACAGGGAGUGCAGUGCAGUGAGCAUUGAUGCAGACAUCAGCAGUUUGAUGAAGAUUCCUUCUCCUGGCAUACAAGCCCCGUGUGGAAUCAGUGCAGGAAGAGUUAUUCAGGCCUGCACACGCACUGCCUUCAUCAUCACCAGUGUAGAUGGCAGUCCUGAAGGAUCAACUCUGCAUUUUGAACAAAGCUUUGCCCUGAAAACAACAAGUGGCUUUGCUAGGGGACUCUACUUGACGAGUGACCUGAAAAGUUUUCAGAAGUGUGCCAAAAAAUCUCGCCUACAAGAAGUAAACUUGGAUGUUGGCAGUUCCUUCCUGUCAUGGUGGAAGAUAGCGCACUUGGACCCUCAGGAGCGGCUUGAAUAUGAGGGUCAACCUGUUCCUGCCAAUGUGAAGGUGCUGAUCAUACACUGCAAGACAAACCAGGCUCUCGCUGUUCUGGGUGAUCACGUCCUUUGGACCACAUAUGGUAAAGACUGUGAGGUGACAGCUCAUACCUUCUUCGACUCCCAUAAAGCUGAACAGGACAACAACCACUGGAUACUGUGCACCUCUGACCCUGCCGAAAAUGAACGUCUCAACCACCCACGUUCAGCAGCUAAAAACAAGGAGCUCACACAGGAAAACCCUGGCUUUUAAAUCUAACCUGAAUACCUCUGUGAUGUGUAAAAAAUAUGGUUGAUAGAUACCACACCAUUAACUCCUAAACCUUUAUAAAACAAAGUUGUUGUUUU